GGUGUUUACUUUGAAAAACCUCCGCGCGAGCCGGCGUCCGUUAGAAACGCCGGCGAGCUCCGGUGACACGCGGUGAAGAACCCGGUUCAAAGCGUCACGACGCUCCUCACGCGCUGUUUCGCUCAGCGGAGGAGCGGACGGACCGUUUUUUGACCCGCCGGUGUUUCCCGUUUGUCCAAAUCUCGCCCCGAAUUUAAACAUUUAGCGCGUUUCCGUGAACCGGGCAGGAGCAUGCGCAGUGGGCCGCGGCAGGCCGAUGCGGAUAUAAGGAUUGGCGCCGGCGCCACAGCUGAUGCAUUCAUUCAUUCAGCACCGAGGAGCGGAGCCAUAAACACAGUCGACACCAUGUCCAGACGCAGCGGCCGCAUCACUUUGCAAGCCAGAGAUUCAAACACACUCGAGCCGAAUGUCAGAGCCCCGCUGAGGAAAAGGAAAUCAGAGCCCUCCAAGAAAAAACUACAACCUGCUGCAAAGAAACAGAACUAUGAAAUCCAGAAGUGUUGGUCGGAGGACGGAGCGAGUCCGUGCGUCCUCAUCGAAACUCCUCACAAAGAGCUGGAGCCUGCAGACCCGUCCAGCUUCAGGCAGUACAGAUUCAAGAACCUGUUCAUCAAGGCCUCCCCGAUCCCCCGCCUCAGCUGGGCCAGCUCAGACGACGUGUGGAUUAAAAUGCUCAACAAGGAGCUGAAGUACGUCCACGACAAGAGCUACCUGCAGCGGCACCCCAAACUGCAGCCCAAGAUGAGGGCGAUCCUGCUGGACUGGCUGCUGGAGGUGUGUGAGGUGUACUCCCUUCACCGGCAGACGGCGUACCUCGCUCAGGACUUCUUCGACCGCUUCAUGCUGACUCAGGAGAACGUUAACAAAGACUACCUGCAGCUCAUCGGGAUCACCGCGCUCUUCAUCGCCUCCAAGAUAGAGGAAAUCUACCCUCCUAAAAUCUUAGACUUCGCCUACGUCACAGAUGGAGCCUGCGACACGUGUGACAUCCAGCGCACAGAGCUGCACAUACUGAAGGCGCUGAACUGGAAUCUCUGUCCGGAGACGCCCAUCUCCUGGCUGAAGCUGUACGCUCAGGUGGAAGCUCAGACGGACGGAGAAAACUUCCUGGUGCCGCAGUUCUCGCAGGAAACGUACAUCCAGAUCACGCAGCUGUUGGACCUGUGCAUGCUGGAUAUCAACUCGUUGGACUACAGUUACAGCGUUCUCGCUGCGGCUGCGUUCUGCCAUUUCUCCACGUUUGACGUCGUUCACGAAGUCUCAGGCCUGACGUGGGACGGCGUGGCGCCUUGUGUCCGGUGGAUGAGUCCCUUCAUGGACGUUCUGCGGUCUGAACCCAAACCUCAACUCAAGAACUUCUCCAAAGUCAAAGCUGACGCCCGACACAACAUCCAGACACACGUGGCUUAUCUGGACCUGCUGAGGAAAGCUCAGGACUGCCGGCUCGACAGCCUUGAAUGUCAGCUGUCGCCCGUCGCCAUGGGAGCGACCCUGACUCCGCCCAGCAGCACAGAGAAACCAGCCAAUCACUGAGCAGGACGCGAGCAGCGAGUACAUGCUACCUCUCCACGCAGUUUGACCUGAAGUAACCUCUCUGACCACAUCAGCUCUGCACCAAACGGGACAAGAUUUUAAGCGACUUUAUGUAGCUCGUCUUUAUUUUAAUUUUUUUAAACACUAAAUCUGAUUCCUGUCAAGCAUUUUUUCCAAAAACUUCAUUCAGGUUGUCAGGAGUUGCAGCUCUUUUUUUUUAAUGGUUUAGGCUGUGUUGUGAAGAAGCAGCUGUGACAGC